AUGGCGCAGCAGGGCAACCAGCCCCUGCCCGCCAAGGAGGCCGGGCUCCUGCGCCAGAUCGUGAAGUUCUACGAGAGCAAGCAGUACAAGAAGGGGCUCAAGGCGGCGGACCAGAUUUUGAAGAACCAUGCCGGGCACGGGGAGACGCUGGCGAUGAAGGGCCUCACGCUGAACUGCCUGGACAGGAAGAAGGAGGCCUAUGACCACGUGCGCAGGGGGCUCAAGGAGGACCUCAAGAGCCACGUUUGUUGGCACGUGUACGGGCUGCUGUAUCGAUCCGACCGGGAGUACAGGGAAGCCAUCAAAUGCUACACAAACGCCCUGAAAUGGGACAAAGACAACAUCCAGAUUCUAAGGGACAUGGCACUUCUCCAGAUACAAAUGCGAGAUCUGAAUGGCUUCUUGGAGACGCGAAAUCGCCUGCUACAGCUGCGACCAGGCAACAGAAACAAUUGGAUAGCAUUUGCUAUUGCCCAUUACUUAAACAAGCACUACGACAUCGCUGUUCAGGUCCUCACAGCCUAUGAAGGCACAUUGGAUGAUAUUCCAAAGGAAGAGGCAUAUGAGCACAGCGAAAUGCUGCUGUUCAAGGCAACGCUUCUUGAGGCAUCGUCCAAGCUGCAGGAGGCAAGGGAGUUCUUGGAUGCUUCUGAGGCCCAGAUCAAAGACAAACUGGGAUGGCUUGAAAUGAAGGCCAAGCUGCUUUUGCGCCUUGAAGCCCUUGAUGAGGCAGAGCAACUGUACAGGCUGCCCUGA